CGGACGGGAAACACCAUGAGAGGCGCGGGCUUGAUUUGGCGCCGCACGAUUGACGAAGAUUCACGGGUAAGCUACUCGGAGGAUACUACGGAUGACGUCGGCGAAGAGUGGUUAAAUUGCAUGUACACUCGUCAUUCAACGGACCUCUGCAGCAGAUAUCUUUACAAUAAUUCCAAUUUAGAACUCAGCGUGAUCACUGAAGCUAGUGACGACCAUGAGGGAUUAGGCAUCACGAAUGCCAGCGCAACAGUGCCCCAAAACUUUCAACAAGACAUUACUGACUUGUACAGAAUUGUUGUGCCAAUACUGCUGACAGCUUGUUUUCUAUCGUUUGUCUUCAAUCUUGUGAUUGUGUGCAGUGUCCGAUGGAUUCGAAGAAGGUUGUCACCAACGAUAUACCUCAGUCUAUCCCUGGCGAUGGCAGAUGCUUUUGCUUCUCUAAUUAUAGGAAUAGGUCUUGUCAUCAACAGCUUGCUUCCUAUAGUUUAUGGGUAUAGCAUAAGGCCCAUGACUCUUUGCUUCAUUCUGUUUUUGGAAGCUUUUAGACUUGGUGGACUGGUAAUAUCCGUGCUGCAUCUAUUGGCUCUAGCUGUUAAUCAUUAUAUUGGUAUUCUUCGUCCCCUACAUUAUGCUCAUAUGGUUACAAGAAGGACUGCAAUGGUAGCUAUUGUGGCCACGUGGUUUUUUCCUCUGGUUUUCUUCUUAAUAUAUUUCUCGUCCGUACCCAAUGAUGGAUUUCAGUCUGAAAAUUGUUCUAGUUACAACUUCUUACUCUACUCUCCAUUCCGUGUCACAACUUCUCUCAUGUUCUUCGUCCCGUUACUGCUGAUGUCAGUUAUGUACGGCCAUAUGUUUGUAGUUGUCCGACAGCACCAAAAAGGACUUCUGCAGUGUCCAUCUAGUAGACAACUGCACAAAAACGUCAAAGCCAUCAUCACAACCUUAUUAAUCCUGGGAACAUACGUGCUUGGAUGGAUGCCAGCAGUCUUAUUCUUCAUCUUAACUUGUUUAGACUGUCUAGUACCUUUCACUCAAAUUUCACUGUGGGUUCGAGUUCCGGUUGGAAUAUUCAUCAACUCAAUGAUCGUUGCCAAAUCAUUUGUGGAUCCUAUCAUUUAUGUAGUACGUAUGCCAGAAAUUAAAAUGGCGCUCAAGUCAAUUUGGAACACUAAAUGCGGGUAUCAGCCUGAAGAUAGUACUCCGUCUCAUUCUAGAACUGAUACAAAAAGAUUAACAUUACUGACUUCGCGUCGCAAAUCAAAUAAAACAUGCGGAAGAAAUGGUAGUUGUCCAAAUGGAAACACCAUGCAGGCUUAUGUGUAACUGGAGUUCGACCUUAAAAAAUACUGGUGCCAUUCAUUAA